ACGGCGGUCGGCACUCGGCAGUCAGUUGUUCGAGUGCGACCCGCACGGUGAUAUGUAUGUUCUGUCGGUCGCUCUUGCCUCUUUUUCAUAAUAUUAUUAUCGUUGUUAUCUUGUACUUGGAUUUUGGAUUAUAAAAAAUAUUCCUCUGCACGUCGUGUACGCCGUCCUUAUAGUGUGGAUUAUUCGUGUGUGUGAUUUUUUUUUUUAGUGAACUCGAUUUCAACAACAACCCAAUUUUUUUACAUAGUAAUUACAUUUUUACCACCCUUCCUCUGGAGUACCCACGGUGUUAUUGUGUGCCGACGCAAACCCAUAUAUGUGGCUGUACAAAUACUACCGGUACAAAAGUGCGGGCGAACCAUCGGAAUGACCGUAUUUUGGCGGCCACGCCGGCCGGACGGCCGCGACCUGUUGCUGAGGUUCGUGGCCGUGACGUCCCUUUUGCUGGCCACCGUUGUGCCGGUGUCUUGGGCGUCCGACAGCUGUGACUGGAGUGGAAGUGGCCUUUCCGAUUCUUCCGAGUACUCGGUGCGGCCCGUCCGGCUGGACCGAUGUUGGGCCGGUAAAGUGCGUUGGGCGUACCCGAGGGGUGCGUUGCGCGUUGUCUUCCGGUUGACGGGCACUGGCGGCGGCCGCGAGUUCCGGGUGUGCCUGAAACCGGACAGGCUGGACGGGGUGCGAGUGUUGUUGGACAGCGCGCCGCGACGCUUGAUCACCGUCUACGACCACCGAACAACGUCCUCGCAGCCGCCACCAUCCCGGUGCUUCAAGAGCGUCGGUGGCACGGCCGCGUUCUACGUGGAGGCCGACAAGUCCAGGGAACAGCCCGUUGGCGGUGCCGUCCGGUUCCGGUAUGAUCUCGAGCCGCUGGGUUCACCCGUGCCGGAGCUGUUCUCUGCCAACGAUCUCGACGACGAGUGCCGCCCAUGCACCGUGGAAGAAAUGACACAAGCCUACUGCACCAGUAGUUUAGUGGUUCAAGGCACAAUAGUGGGCGUCUCAUACGACGGGGACGUGUCGAGGGUAAGGGUACAGCCGACCAAAGCACACCGUCUGCCACCCGAAGAAGACGAUAAGGUGGCAGAGGACAUGGGCGACGAUAGCUCUGACCCAGAACAGAAGAAGCCACUGACCAUCACCUUCGGACGGGGUUGUAGGCCUGCGGUCGGACCGGGUCAAUUUGUGUUCAUGGCCCGAGCCAAGUUCGACGAGCUGGCCCUGAGGUGUGCACCUCGACUGGAAGAGUGGAGGCAAGCUGCCAAAGCUGAUAAAUCGCCUAGUUGCAUUCUGACCGACUAGUUAACGUUAUGACAUAUAUAUAUAUAUACAUGUAUAUGUAUUUUUAUAAAUAUAAUAUAUGGUGUUGGUCACGAAGUUUUGUCAGAUUUACAUACGUUUUGUGUGUAAAACAAUUAUACAAUUUUCGUUAGCCACACUGUAUAUACAGUGUUACCAAAACAGUUGUGUUUGUGUACAAACGUGUUAUGUAAAGUUUUUUUUUAGGUUAAGCUCGAUACGUCAUACGUUUUUUUAAUUUACAUUAUAAUAGUCAUCAAAGUUUUUUUUUUUUUGGUUAGAUUUGUUUGUAUAAUUACUAUUAUUAAUAAAAUUUCGAGAGGAUAACUGCGGUACAUACUAUAUUGCCAUUUGUACAACAGCUUAAUAUACUAUGUAAGCGAAGAAAAAUCAGUUUUUUUUUUAUACGAACAACUGGACGGUUUUAGUGUAAAGGAGAAGCAUACAUGUCGAAUUUGACUUGUUUUUAGGUGACUCAAAAACAUUUUCUAAUUAAAUCACAAAUUGAAUGACUUGUGCUAUUUUCACCAAACAAGUAUUGACUCGUACUCUUUUUCAUUAAACUUGUUCCAACUAUUUUGUUUAUGAUUUGAUUAAUGUUUCUGUAGUUUGGGUGUGUGUACCACCCGGGCCAACAACAUGUUAGUAGUCCCGCGAUGAGUAUCGCUCCUGCAGAGACUUUAACGACCGCCGCUGUUGCUACCGACUAUAGAUUAGACAUCUUUGGGUAUUUUUUUGUUAAUACAGUAAAAAAUGGUUCGACCGGUUUAAAAUAUUUUUGACGUUAUUUUUUUUUUAUCGACCACACCGCAAUUGUUGAUCACAUCGGUCGGGCCGAAUCGUCGUCAAUUUGCAACAGAAAUAAUUGCAACCCAACCUGUAAAUAUUAUUACUAUAUUAUUGUAGUAACAGCGUCGGGCGGUUUACCGAAAAUCUCCCUAAAGGUAUUUUUUUCUCUCCUCAUCUCAUUUAAAAACAACAACUGUACGACGUGUGUAAUAUAUUGUAUCUUUACAAUAUGUGAAUCCAUGUGCCAAACGAAUAAAAAAAAAAAAAAAUGUAAAAAAAAGUAACUACAAAAUAA